GAAAUGGUCAAAAUCGGUAUUCCAUAACUAUUUUUUAAUCUCUACAAUCGUUAUAGUGAAUAGAAAUCACUUCGACAGCAUUUACCCUGUCGAGAUGAGAUUCCGAUUAUCGGAAUUGUGCUUGACGCAAGCGCAUUUGUUUUAUUUUGUUUUGAUUAACGUUUUACCUAACCUCUAUAUUCGUUGAUUUUAUAUCUACUAAAAAUAAAUAAAAACAAUUUAUCAAGAACUUUCGUUAUGGCUUUAAUACCAUUAAAUUUCGGCAUCGAUCUUGGAAAUGAAAUAGGGGAAGAAUUGCAAAAGUAAGUGGAACAUUUAUAACAGGCUACAAAAUGUGAUAUAUGUAAAUUGUUUUGUUUAAAAUCUUUUUAUACUUAGUUUCUUAUGUAGGUACCUAACUGUUUUGUGUUUCUUUAGCCAAAUAUUUAAUCUUCAAAGGCGCACUCUUAGGGAUGCAAGUAAUCCGUUUGAAAUACCUGAGGAAAUAUUUAAAGGUCUGUACCGUCUACCAAAGGAAAUAGCUAUGGAGCUUAUUGAUGAAAUAGAGCCUUAUUUGGCUGGACAGAUCAGAAUAACAUCUGUGCCAAAUCAUUUGAAGGUUUUAUGUGCUUUACAUUUUUAUGCCCAAGGAAACUAUCAAAAAGCUGUUGGCCAAGACUUUUUGUUGGGUAUGAGCCAACCAAUGGUUAGUCGGUGCAUAAACACUAUAAGUGAAAUACUGUCUAAUCACAUUGGUAGGCGGUACAUAAAAUUUCCCAGUACAGUAGAAGAAAAACGUUUGUUAACGCAAGGAUUUAUGAAUAAAUUUAACUUCCCAGGCGUAAUAGGGUGCAUUGACUGUACACACAUUGCAAUUGUUGCACCUCCUCUAGAGCACCCUGUACAUCCAGGCAUUGCAUACCUCAACAGAAAGGGAUUUCACAGUAUAAAUUGCCAACUGAUAUGUGACUCAAAUUUAAAAAUAUUAAAUUGCAAUGCAAGAUAUCCUGGAUCCACACAUGAUUCUGCUAUAUGGACCAUGUCUAAUGUUAUUCAACAUAUGGAACAAACAUAUGGUAAUGGAGAACGAGGAUUCUGGUUAUUAGGUGAUUCUGGCUAUCCCUUACAGCCAUGGUUACUAACACCAAUAGAAGGUGCCCAACAAAAUACUCCAGAAGGACGAUAUACUUUUUCACACAGUUCAGUAAGAAACUGUGUAGAACGGUGCAAUGGAGUAUUAAAAAUGAGAUUUCGCUGUCUCUUAAAACACAGAGUUCUACACUAUACUCCUGUCAAAGCUGCUGAAAUAAUAAAUGCCUGUUGUGUGCUACACAACAUUCUUGUUUCACACAAUAUCGAAGUAGAACUAGUAGAAGAAGAUGAACUUGUAAAUGAUAUGGAGGAAAAUGUACAAGAAAAUAACUUGCCACUAGAUGAUAGAUUGGUUGCUGGCCGCAGAAUUCGGAACCAAUUGAUAAGAAAUUAUUUUAAUUAAUAUUUAAAAUUAAAUAAGGGUAAACCCUGUAGUUGACUUUAUAUACAUUCGAUAAGACAACGUAUAAUGAGAUAAACUCUUACAUGAAUUUACUAAAAAUUAUUUAAAAUGUAUCCACAAGGAAGUGGAUAAUUACAAAACACAAAAACGUUUUCAGUCUAAACUGACCAUCAUCAGUGUGAACGUUUGGUGUACGAGUAUUUGGAACUAGCCACUUCAUUAGGUGUCAAAACCUCUAAAUUACUAAAACCAAAAGUAACAACCAACUUACCUCUCACCUAAGCACUACAUGCAUCUUUUGAGCACAGAUGAAAUACAUCAACAUGGUUCUCAAUAAUCUUAAUAAAUUGACUGAAUGUCGCCUAAUUUAUAAUGUUAAAUAAAAACAAUGUAAUUUAGAGGUUUGGACACCUAAUGAAGUGGCUAGUUCCAAAUACUUGUACACCGAACAUUCACACUGAUGAUGGUCAGUUUAGACUGAAAACGUUUUUGUGUUUUUUAAUUUUCCACUACCUUGUGGAUAACUCCUAGAUAUUUUGGAAAUAUAAUGUCAUUUAUUUUGAUAAUUGUAAUCUGUAAAUGGGGUAUUCCUGUUCCUGUAAUAAAUUUGUAAGGUGUAAUUGAAAAAUUAAUAAACAACAUAACGUUAAA